AUACUCAGUAAAUUGUAUUCCUCAUAUUGUCUUGAGCAGCAAGACCCUUUCAUUGUCAGUUUCAUUUCCUGUCCGACCAUUAUCAUCACAUGUCAUCAAUAGUUCUCCUUUGUGGUGUCAUCACAAAAACAAGUAACUUUAGAUCAGGGGCGGGCAAAGUCUGAUGCUCAAAGUCAUUUAUAGAUUAGGUCAUGAAAUAUUAUAGUUCACAGUUAAUUUGUUUAGAAUCCAUUAUCCAUAUUUCUUUUUUAAUGUCAAAUAUAUGUCAGAUUGUAAAUACCCUAAAAGUAUUUGUAAAAUGGGUUCAUGUAAUAUUUUCAUUGGACUGAUUAUAUUUCAUGAGAUGAAUGAAUAAAAAAUAAUACAUGCAUUUAAUUAAGACUUUUUUGUCAACACAACAGCUACAUGAAUGCAACAAAUAUUACACGACUCCAUAAUGCGAGGUGAAUUCUUGCAACAUUUGAUGACAUCACACAUUCGAACGGUUCGAACACCCACAUUUUGUAUGUUUGACCUUUGGGACCAGAAAUGUUGUUGGAUUUGGAAAAUGUGGAAACGUGAAUGCAGAAAGUGAAAGAGGAUGGGGAGAGUGUAAAAAAAAAAACAGGAUGACAGUAGACAGAAGAGAAGCGCUUGGAUCCGCUUGUGGGAACUCAGUCGCAGUAUUUAUGGCUGUUUAUCUCUCCCACUCGUCCUGCAGGAAAGUCACAUUUUCCACCGGGGAAUAAGCAGUCAAGAGUCAAGUCGUCCCAAUGGGACAGAGUGAAGACGGAUCACCUCACCAUGAGCGACUCUCGAGACUAAAUUCAUCUGGCUUGUCGGACGCCUCCAACGACACAAAGAAAAACCAUGCCGAGUCGUACUUCUCGCGACGGGAGAACAGAUUGUCAGCAAGAAAAAAGGCAGAAGAGGAGAUAGCGUGUAAUGAUUACAAAAAGAUGUAUGAAAAAGCACUGGCCACCAAUCAGAGGCUCAAGUCUAGACUGGAAACCAGUAAACAGGAAUUGGUUGUGAUCCAGGAGCAGCUGCAGAGAGCUCAGCAGAAGGAGAGAAAGAGUGAACUGGGUUCCAACCUGCUUGAAACAGAGAAAAAGGACAGUCAGAGUCUGAGGAAGAAGAUAUCUGACAUGGAAGAACAAGUGAAGGUCAAAGCAGAACUUCACACAGAAAACCAAAGACUGAAGGAUGAAAACGGAGCAUUGAUCCGCGUCAUCACCAAAUUAUCCAAGUGAUUUAAUGCAAGAUGAACGCAGGAGGGAUUAUGUGAUCUUCGCUACCUGUUUUGUCUCAUGAAAACAACACAAACAGGUGAUCCCUCUGAUUCCUGUUUUUUUUUUUUUUUUGGUGUCACCGACGGGUGAAUCCCCAUUCGCAUGCAAAGACACGGCCUACAGGGCAUUAUUCAUCAUUCCAGAACAUAAACUUCCAUACAAAUUCUAAGCCUUACAGCCUAGUUUAUCACCAUGGAAACGGUGAUCUAUGUAGUCCAUGUGAAAUAAAUAUCACAGUGACAGUUUAGCUCGAAGUGUGAUAUCACAAUCUCCCCCUGAAUAUGAGGCAGUAGUCCAGCUUUUAUUUCAUGGUACAGUAUUUACAUCUAGAUGUGUUAAACAGCUCAGGACAGAGAGUCCCUUUUGUUUGAACCCACCCACUUCUCAAGUAAGCAAAAGUACUGGAACAUGUGACUGAUGCUCAAGUGUUGCCUUUUAGAGUGAUUGCUUAAGUACUAGAUAGUGCUUGUUUUUGGCUUUAGGCUUCAAAUGUUUAAACUGCAUUUGCUGUUAAGCAAAUACGAAGACAAGAGAGCUGUUGAUGGGAGGAAAGAAAACCAUUUUGAAAAGCUGAGAGAAGAGGGAAAACCGAUCAGCAGAAUUGCACAAAUAUUGGGCAUAGCCAAUGCAACAAUGUGGAAUGUCCUGAAACUGAAAAAAAAAAAACUAUUAUUGUACUAAGCAACAGAAAACACAUUGUCUAUGGCGUUAAGGUCUGAUGAUUGACUUGCCAGUCGAACACCUUCCAAUUUUACCCCGGAUGAAGUCCUUUGCUGUGCUGGCAGUGUGUUUUGGGGCAUUGUUGCAUGAUGAAGCUUCCCCGCCCCAAUUAGUUUGGAUGCAUUUUUCUGUAAAUUGCCAAAAAUUGACAUCCCAAUUGGCUAUGCCAAAUUUGUGUGCAAUAUCUUUGAUCAAAUUUCCCUCUUCUCUCUGCUUCAAACAUAGUUUGCUUUUGUCCCAUUGACAGCUUUCUGGUCUUCUUGUUUGCUUUUCAAGCCAAAGCCAAAAAUAAGCACUAUCUAAUAUUUAAGCAAUCAAU